CAUCGUAAAAAUUACAUUUUUAUAAAUAAACAUCAGGAUCAAUUGAGACCACAACAUGGCUAACUCAACUGGUUUAAUCAUGAGGUGUUUGCAAGCGCUGGCAGGGUUUUAUAUAAUGAACAAGGUGGUCCCGAUGAAUGGCAUAUUUUUUGCUAUAUUAUUAAUCUACAUCCUAUUCACGCCGUAUUACUACAUCAGCUUGCUCUAUUUUGCUUACAUGUAUCUGGACAGGCACACACCAAGCCGGGGCGGCCGUGGGUUUCAUAUCUGGCGAAAUCUAUUCAUUUUUAAAUGGUUUGCCGACUAUUUUCCAAUGAAACUGGUGAAAACCCAUGAUUUGGAUCCGGGUAAAAAUUAUUUCUUUAUUUGCCACCCGCACGGACUACUGUCGCUAUCAUUUGUGGGCCACUUUGCGCUACAACGGACCGGUUUUGCCACCAUGUUUAAGGGCCUAUUCGUCCGGUUUGUUAGUCUAGACAUUCAAUUCUGGUUCCCUAUUCACCGGGAAUUUGCACUCGCGAUGGGUGUAAUCGCCGCCAAUCGGCAAAGUAUUGAAUGGUGUUUGAGCGGUAAAGAAGGUAACAAAGGCGGACAAGUGGUAGCACUGGUAGUCGGGGGCGGGCGUGAAGUGUUGGCCGCACAUCCAAACACAAUGAAUCUGUGUCUCAAAAAUCGUAAGGGUUUUGUCAAAAUAGCCCUCACAACGGGCACAUCUCUGGUACCGGUGCUCUCGUUUGGCGAGAAUGAGGUCUUCGAGCAGAAAGCGUUUGCACCGAACUCUCGGUUCCGUCGAUACCAGGAAUGGAUGUUAAAAACGUUUGGAUGCACUCAACCGGUGCCCAAAUCCCUGCUCCCCAUUAGACACCCCAUCACAACAGUUGUGGGAAAGCCUAUACCAGUGGCCAAAGUGGACAACCCGUCGGCCGAACAGAUCAAUGAACUCCACGACCGAUAUAUCGAUAGUUUGCGGCAAUUAUUUAAUGAAAACAAAGACAAAUACGGAUCCAAAAAUUUGAAACUAACCAUUAUAUAAUUGUUUUGGCAUUUUAUGUGUUAAAAUCAUAUGUAAGACAAUUGUAUUACUGACCAUUAAGCCUAAAUCUACAACAACUUAAUCAAUUAUUAACUCAGCC